AUGGAUGUGUGGCUGAGUUGGGUUUUAGGAUUUCUGCCAAUAUUGGGGUGGUUGUUGUGGUGGUGGAACGACCUAUGGUAUGCAGCUCCUCUCAUAUUUAGAUAUUCCGGUACCGGAACCAGGUUGCCACCAGGUCACAUGGGCUUUCCAGUUUUUGGGGAAAUUAUUAGCUUUCUUUGGUACUUUAAGGUUCUUCGCCGCCCUGAUGAUUUCAUCAACUCCAAGAGACGGAAGUAUGGUGAUGGAGUAGGAAUGUACAGAACCUACCUCUUCGGAUCACCGGCUAUUAUAGCAUGCUUCCCGUCGAUCAACAAAUUUGUGUUUCGAUCAUCUGACAAAUUUAUCCAAAAAUGGCCCAGCGUUGAACUAAUGGGAUAUACAUCUCUUGUAGCAGUUCAUGGAAAAGCACAUGCCAGGGUCAGAAGCUUCGUAAUUAGUGCUAUUAAUCGACCUGGUGCUCUUAGGCGUAUCACUGAAAUGGUGCAACCCCGUAUGGUUGCUGCACUUCAAUCAUGGGCCCAGAAGGGUCAACUGAAAGUGUAUAACGAAGUAAAGAAGGUAAAAUCAUCUAAGCUGAUCAAUUAG